GGAUUAAAAAGCGCCAUUUCAAAUUGUUGCAGAUAUGAACGCGGAAGCUGAUCCUAAUCUCAUAGUUAUUCAGUCUUACGACAAAUUUUGCACACAAAUUAUUGAUAAAUCAUCAAGUGCUCAUGUCUACUCAUUUCAAGGGGAUAAAAAUGAAUGGGCUAAAACGGAAACAGGUGGUAUUUUCUUCCUAUACAAGCGGUAAGAUUUAGAAGCUAAAUAUCAAUGCAUUUCUUUUAGAUCUAAAGUUCCGUUUUUCGCCUUCAUGAUUCUAAAUCGUAAGAGUCCAACAAUGAACCCAAUCGAGCUAGUGACCUCAGGCUUACAGCUUCAGUUACAUUGCCCUUUUCUUCUAUAUAAAACACCAAAAGGCGAGAUUUUUUCCAUAUGGUUUUUUUCUGCCUCAGAUUGUGAACGCAUUGCGGAGAAACUAGGCAAACUUGUUCAUGAUGUUGGCGGUUUAGGAUUAAGAAUCGCUCCUAGUAGCCGAUCUGUAAAUACACUAGCAAAAUCUUCUACUCCCGCUACAAGUUCAUUGGCUACUACUCCCAAAUCUCCUGAAACAGUUACUAAAGGACUAAAUCAGUUAAUGAAUUUUGUACGUGCAUCAAAUGAAAACUCCAAGUUGAGUCCUUUACAACCAUCUAGGUUUUUCGAUAACAAUGUCAACAGAUCUAAUCAUUCAGAAGCACCAAGCAUAUUUGAUAUGCUGCAUAAAGCAGAAGCUGAUUUCAACUCGGGAGUUAGUACUGGGAAUCAGAUGACGUCUCAUUCAGAAUUGACCGUCAAUGAUGAACUUCAACGUUUUCGAACAGCUUGCAAUCUUCCCGUUUCAAAUGGAAACAAUUUAUCCAGUGAUCGCUCUAGACCACCGGUAGCCAAUGGUGUUUCAAAUAAUACAAAAAAUAAAUCAGACACAAGGUCAUCUCAUAUGCACAAUCAUAUAUCUGUUGCUGAACUAGAAGAACAAUUACUUCAAGAGCAUAUAUCUGUUCCUGAAGAAUUGAAAACAGUGGUUCCGACUGAUGAUAGUUCUCCAGAUGAUCAGGGUUUAUCACAAGCAUCAGCUACAGAGUCUCCUACACGCCAUCAUCAAGUUCAUAAAGAUGUUUGCACUGAUCGAAAUCGUCGCCUACUCAGUGAUGAUGCUGGUUAUGUUGAUGAUGUUGAUGAUGAAGAAGCGUGUGAAAACAAUCGGGAUCGUGGUUUACCUAAGUCCUUUGGAUUAGGUCAACGUAAACAACGACGGCAUAUGCGUUAUCAGCAAGACAAUUUAUCAGAUGAAGUACAUUCACCAUCUAAUCGAUCAGUAAAUCGAAAUAAAUCUACAGAUAUCUCUCAAAAAUAUAAUAAUACUGUAGGCGAGGAAACACUUGUUACUCCUGAUAUGCUAACUAGUAUUCCGUCAUCAAUCUUACCAGCAUUCGUCCCGGAAGUUUCUCGUGAUAAACAUUCAGAAGACAAAGUUUUCACUUCAGAAGUGAAGAAAACAGUAGUGAGUGAAUAUCUCACAAAAGAUCAACUGAAGGAAACGCUUAUCCACCUUUUACAAACAGAUGAUGGUUUCGUUCACCGUAUUCAUACCGGUUAUGUUAAUGUGUUAGAGAGAAGAUUAUCGAGGAAGUAGCAAUAUGCAAAUUUCUUUUCUCUUCACCUGGUCACUUUCCCUUAGACUUAAUGAGUAGUAACCUUAUCAAUUGGAGAAAAUUAUGAGGUACUUUGAUAAUUUAAUCAACUUUCUACCUUGCUUAAAUUAAACAUUGUUAUUUACUCGAUUUCCUCUAACUAAAUAGUCUUCUUGAUUGAUAUUAAACGACAGUGGUAAUGAUGCUUGGUUAUAUUUUUUUGUUGUCUAUGCGUAUUGUUAACUGUUCUCUCUUGUUAUGGCAGCAAUACUUGUCUUAUGCAUACACAACUGGUUUUAAGCAUUUAUAUUAAUUAAAUAGUUCUUGUGUCUUAUGACUAAACAGAGAUCUGGUGUUAUUAUUAUUAUUCAUACUAUAUUGUGUAUACAUCCUGUUAUCAUUGUGAACAGAUGGAUUUUCUUGAUUCCUUCUAUGGUUGCGCCUUUCUUCAUUUAGUUCACUUCCGGUAUAUUUAUGUAUAGGUAUUCUGUUGAGUAUAUUUUUUUCAAUGUUGUAUCAUACUUGCUGCUGCCACUGUGUGUAUGCUCGCCUUUACCCUUCUUAAAACAAUAUUUAUUGUCUGUUUUCAAUAGUUUGAUAGAAAAGAAAUGAAAUUCUUUACGACGUGUAUUACAUUUAAUCAUGUUGGAUUUCAUCAUUCCUUAAAUAUAAUGUACAUGCUGUUGUUCAGAUGUUUCCUAGUCAGUCUAUGGUUUACUACUUAGAUACUCAACUUUACAUCGGUGUUAAUACCACUCCACCUACUGUGAUUAAAGUAGACAGAUAAUGUGAUUAAUCCUCAACAUGCCUCAAGAUAGUCCCCUAACACUUUCUUAAGUUGUCAAAGCUGUAGGUAAUCUGAAACGAGGAAGAGCAGUAAGACCAAACGGACUAGUUCCAGAGGUAUUUAAGGAC